AUGUCUGCCACUUCAAGCGCUUCAGUGCGGCUCCUGCGGGUGGACGUGGCACAGAGGGCGGCGGUGGCCGAGCUGAAGCUGCACGACUUCCUGGACCCCGACCUCGAGGGCGAGGUUCGCCUGCCCUGGCGGGGACUAGGAUACUCAGCUCGCGGGCUUCGUUCGACUUUCCCGGAGGAGCGCGAAACCGCCUCCCUACUGGGGGUCGGUGGUCAGGUCCGAUGCAAUAAGAGCUGGACAUGGCAAUGGGCGCUGCUGGCCGCGACUCUCGUGGCUUUGGCCGGCCUCGGCAUCUUCGCGGCGCAGCCCAAAGCUGCGGAGCGGGCCAACUUGGAGCAGCGCCUGGGCUUCUACCUGCCGAACCUGGGGCACCCGGACCCCAACGGCGGCUGGAUGGCGGACACCUGGGACCACUUUCAGCUCCCGCUCUGCGACCCGGGGCCUCCACCGGGCACCAUGCACCAGGCGAACGUCACGGUGAAGGAGCACGAGUGGGUGAACAAGUCGAAAGGAGAGUGGGUGCCUGGCAUGUGGUACUUGGACAAAAAGGAGGAGAAUGGAGGUCACUGGGUGAGUGGUCACUACGAAAAAGGCAUCCCAGGCCACUUCGUCUCAGUGCCGCACCAGGAGCUCAAGUGGGUUCCCCUGGAAAAGACGCCAGAGCAGCUGGAUUGCGCGAACCGACAAGCGCAAGCGGCCGCUUACCAUGAGAAGCUGAUCUAUCAGCACAAGGGCUUCACGACCAUCGUGAAGGAGACUGAGGAUUUGCUGCGGUGGCAGGGCGAGCAUCAAUGCCCACGGCAGAAGGUGGGGGUGGAACUCUCGGGAGAGGGCAAGAAGGAGGACAAGGGGAAGAGCUCCAGUGCGCUGUGCCAGGUGCUGGCCACGCAGCAGGGCUACGAUGGCUUUACCUGGAGCGUGGACAAGGGCUGCUUUCUGCAGACAGGCGCUGGUCCUGAGAAGAGAUCCCCGGGCGUGUUGUCCGGAAAGAGCUGCUUGCAGAGUACCACCUACUUGCCCUGGAUCUCAGAUGAGGCGCAGAGGCACACGCUCUACGACCAGAUGACUCCCACCCCGGCGCCCUACGCCGGCUUCGAUGCCUCGGUGCUCUGCGUGAUGCUGAUCGACCCUUACUCCACAGAUUUGGAUCUGGUGGACAAACAGCAUGAAGCCCGAGCCGGCAUCUUCGCAUGUGACAAAUACGCGGUCUACAGUGCCCAACUUCUGGAGUUCCCGAGCGGUCUCAAGACGCGCAAGAUCUACGCGUCCCAGCUGGUGGAGAAGGGGGGUCAAUGGAAUGUGGACCUCACCACUGACGUGUCCAUGGCGCUGUGGCGGGAGGUGCUCAAAGACCCCGAGUGGCGGGAGGUGAAGUGGACCGUUCGUGCCUACCCUGACUGCGUCUUCAUGCUGAGCAACCUCCGGAAACUGCUUCACCAAGAGGAGAGCUAUGGCAACGUGAACCAGCAGCCAACGUACCUGGCGUCCACGGGGAACUCUGGGUUUCCCAGCUUCCUGCAGGUGAUGUCGCAGGGCGCCCUGAAGAGCUUGGCGGAGAAGAGCCGGGAGUGUUUCUGGCAGAUGCGCUUUUGGGGCGACACCCAGUGGCAUGACGCCAUGUGGAUCGACCAGUGCUUGCAGCAGACGGUCCAAGCAAGGCGCGCCAAGUACACCCAGCUGGUGAACGACGGAGGAGGAAUCAACUCCUGCGAGAGCUUUGUGGGAACUUAUCCCGUGCCGUCCUGGGAGCAACAGAGGCAGUGCUACAUGACGUAA